AUGAAGCCAGGUCUGCUGCUCCUCGUCGCACUGGUAGCCGCGGGGCCAGCCCUUGCUCUCCGCUGUCACGUGUGCUCCAGCUCCACCAACUGCGAGAAAGCUCAGGACUGUACGGCCAGCGCACGCUACUGCAGGACCAUAACCAAGCUGGAGCCCCUGCUGGGGAACCUGGUGGAGAAGGACUGCGUGGAGUCGUGCACGCCCACGCACAACCUUCAGGGCCAGGUCAGCAGUGGCGCGACGGCCACCCGGUGCUGUCAGGGCGACCUGUGCAACAAGAGCCUGCAGAGCAGCGCCCCCGCCCGCAGCCGGCUCAGCGGCCCCGCCCCCGGCCUGGCGCUGGCCCUCGGCCUCCUCCUCGCCGCCCUCCUCUCGGCCCCCAGCCUGUGA